CUCUCUCAGUUCACGCCAACUGUCAAAGACUCUAUUGUGCAGUUUUCUACCGCAACUCACAACCCAUAAACUUUUGUGGUGAAAUUCGGAAAUAUAAUUAAUAUAAUUUGUUACAAUAAUUAACAAAUUAAUACAUAAUAUCUAAAUCACCAACGAUGCGAUCCCUACCGAUGUUUUGGCGUAUGGCCGAGGAGAUGACCCGGAUGCCACGCUACUCCUCACCCUUUCAAGCCUUUUUCCAUGAACCGGCCGUUUGGAGUGUGACACUUCCGAGGAAUUGGCAGCAGAUUGCCCGCUGGCAGGAGCAGGAGUUUGCACCACCCGCUACCGUUAACAAGGAGGGCUACAAACUCACACUGGACGUCAAGGACUACAGUGAGCUGAACGUCAAAGUCCUAGACGAAAGUGUUGUCCUAGUAGAGGGAAAAUCAGAGCAAAAGGAGGACAACCAAGGAAGCUAUACUUCCAGGCACUUCCUCCGCCGUUUUGUCCUGCCAGAAGGAUACGAGGCCGAUAAGGUAACCUCAAGUCUUAGCAGCGACGGCGUUCUAACCAUUAGUGUGCCGAAUCCUCCGGCGAUGCAGGAGGCAAUCAAGGAGCGAGUGGUGCCCAUCGAGCAGACUGGCGAACCAGCCAUGAAGUUGGCAGACGAAACCAAAAAUGAAACCAAUCAGUAGUGAUUUAAGUUAUAAGACUUUUUAGAUAUGCACCUCAAAAAAAAAUAAUAAUAUUAAUUUCUAAAUUUUUAGAUUUGUUAACAUACAUAUAUUAUUUUUAAAAGUAGAAGAAAAUAAAUUGUGAAAUGAUUAUUAAGCAAAAUGAGGUCUCUUUUGUUUGAAUUAUUUUAUGAAAAUAGAUUUGAUUUUGCUUGGUUAUUUAAUAAAUGGAUUCAAAUUCUAA